CACUUCCCGGGGCAGCCCCCGCUGCCCGGCCCUGCGGAGCCGCCGCCGAGGGACGCACAACGACCCCACCACCGGCCGGAGCCGCCGCCGGGGAGCGACCUGUCAGGGCACCUCGCAGGCCGGCCCCCAGAACCCUUCCCACGCGCUGGUUUGUCCCCGGGAGAAGGCGAGUUGGGAGCCUCUCCAUGCCUUAUCAAGUUCCUUAUCUGAGCGGCUCCCAGAGGCUGUAGAGCAGUUCAGCUUUAUCUGGUGUAAGGGAGAAAAACAGUGUAGCUCUCGCACUCCAUCCUGUAUCGAGGACCACCUAUUCUGCUGGGGUUUAUCACACGAAGAUGAUGAAAUGCGGAUUGCUGGGUGAACCAUUAGGUCCCUGUUGUGAAACGAGGGCUUUGUAUUCGCCUUCCAGUUCCUGAUCUGUGCCGUGUGUGAGAGGACGCUAAUCUUUCUCCUUCAUCCCGCUUCCCUAAACCUUUCCUUGCUUCCAUGUUGCAUUGGUCAGACUUUUGGUCAGUGUUGUUUACGGAAGGAGGGGGGAAGAAGGCAGUUGAGGUUACAAACAAAAGUACUUGUAUGACUCAUCUACUUGGAUUUAAGACAUUGUAUCCUUCUUUCACGGGGCCUUUGCUUCUCUCAGAAGGAAUCAGAUGCUUUUUCCUAUUCUUCCAGACGAGGAUGGAUUGAAAGUUGUACGUUUUAGACUUUUUUUGGGCCACUGCUGAUAUUAUUAAAAGACAUAAUGGGACUUUUUCACUGGAUUAUUGCCAGAAUUAGUUUACACACUGAAACAAUGAGUUGUUAGGCCUCUCAUAUGAUAAUAUUUGUCCUGCUUUAAUAUAAAGUUGCUGUGGAGGUGUUUUUAAAAUUGCGGAGGACAGUCUGCAUCAGAAGAGGCUCUCUUCAUCUCUGGUUGGUGUGGCAACCACAAUCUGUCCUCGAUGCCUUCAGCCUUGGCCAUCUUCACUUGCCGCCCGAACUCCCACCCGUUUCAGGAGCGUCAUGUCUACCUGGACGAGCCUGUCAAGAUCGGCCGCUCGGUGGCUCGCUGCCGGCCAGCCCAGAACAAUGCCACCUUUGACUGCAAGGUGCUCUCCAGGAACCAUGCUCUGGUCUGGUUCGAUCACAAGACAGGCAAGUUCUAUCUUCAAGACACUAAAAGUAGUAAUGGUACCUUUAUUAAUAGUCAGAGACUGAGUAGAGGAUCUGAGGAAAGCCCACCAUGUGAAAUUAUGUCAGGUGACAUCAUCCAGUUUGGUGUAGAUGUGACGGAGAACACGCGGAAAGUGACCCAUGGAUGUAUAGUCUCCACAAUCAAACUGUUCCUUCCAGAUGGAAUGGAAGCUCGAUUGCGAUCAGAUGUUAUCCAUGCACCAUUGCCAAGUCCUGUUGACAAGGUUGCUGCUAACACUCCCAGUAUGUAUUCUCAGGAAUUGUUUCAGCUUUCACAGUAUCUACAAGAAGCCUUACAUCGGGAACAAAUGUUGGAACAGAAGCUGGCAACCCUUCAGCGACUACUUGCUGUCACACAAGAGGCUUCAGAUACCAGUUGGCAGGCUUUAAUAGAUGAAGACAGGCUGCUAUCAAGACUAGAGGUUAUGGGAAAUCAAUUACAAGCUUGUUCAAAGAAUCAAACAGAAGACAGUAUACGAAAAGAACUUAUAGCAUUACAGGAAGACAAACACAACUAUGAGACAACAGCCAAAGAGUCCCUGAGGCGGGUCCUUCAGGAAAAAAUUGAAGUGGUCAGAAAAUUAUCUGAAGUGGAGCGGAGUUUAAGUAACACAGAAGAUGAAUGUACACACCUGAAAGAGAUGAAUGAGCGGACUCAGGAAGAAUUAAGGGAAUUAGCUAAUAAGUACAAUGGAGCUGUAAAUGAAAUUAAAGAUCUUUCUGACAAGCUAAAGGUAGCAGAAGGAAGACAGGAAGAAAUCCAACAAAAAGGACUGGCUGAGAAAAAGGAAUUGCAGCAUAAAAUAGAUGAAAUGGAAGAAAGAGAGCAAGAGCUUCAAGCAAAAAUAGAAGCUUUGCAGGCUGAUAACGACUUCACCAAUGAGCGGCUGACUGCUUUACAAGUACGGUUAGAGCACCUGCAAGAGAAAACUCUUAAAGAACACAACAGCUUAGGCAUACAAGUUGACGACUUCAUACCUAAAAUUAAUGGGAGCACAGAGAAAGAGCACUUUCUUUCAAAGAGUGGAGGGGACUGCACUUUUAUUCAUCAGUUCAUAGAAUGUCAGAACAAGAUCAUAGAUGAAGGACAUCUAACCAAAGUGGAAGAAACAAAGCUUUUGAAAGAAAACCAAGCACGAGUCAAAGAAUCGAACGAUUUGUCUGACACCCUUAGCCCAAGCAAGGAAAAAAGCAGCGACGACACUACAGAUGCUCAAAUGGAUGACCAAGAUCUAAAUGAACCUAUUGUCAAAGUAGCUCUUCUAAAAGAUGAAUUGCAGGGUGCACAAUCAGAAACUGAGGCUAAGCAAGAAAUUCAGCAACUGCACAAGGAGCUGAUUGAAGCCCAAGAGCUAGCUAGGACAAGUAAACAAAAAUGCUUUGAACUUCAAGCUCUCUUGGAAGAAGAGAGAAAAGCAUAUCGAGUGCAAGUUGAAGAAUCCAACAAGCAAAUAAAUGCUCUGCAAGCUCAGUUGCGAAGGUUACAGGAAGAAAUUGAGAAUCUUCGCAAGGAGAAGGAGAAUGAAAUUUCAGCCACUCGAAAUGAACUAGUCAGUGCUCAAAAUGAGAUUCUGUCACUUCAAAAAGUAGCAGAAAAAGCAGCCUCAGAACGAGACACAGAUAUUUCUGCCUUGCAAGCUGAGCUGCAGACGGUGCGAGCGGAGCUUGACCGCUGGAGGAACGAUGCCUCGGACUAUGAAAAAGAAAUUGUCAAUCUGCAAUCCCGGUUCCAGCUCAAGUGCCAGCAGUGUGAGGAGCAGCAGAGGGAGGAGGCCUCUCGCCUGAAAGAUGAACUUGAAAAGUUGAAGGCAGAGUGGAUUGCUCUGGAAGCUGAAUGUGUUAAACUGAGGAAGGAAAAUACUUCACUUACAUCUGAACUUCAGCGACAAGAGAAGGAGCUUUCUAGCUCUCAGAAACAGAGUUUAGCACUAACCAGCGAUAUAAGUGUUCUUGAAAUGUCUCGGAAGGAACUUGAAAAUCAGAUGGGAUCAUUGAGAGAAAAACAUCAACGGGAUGCAGCCAGUCUGAAAACUCAACUCAGUGAAGCUGAAAGUCAAGCAAAAGAUUUUCAGAAAGAGUAUGAAAGAACACAGACUGUGCUCUCAGAGCUGAAGGCCAAGUAUGAGGUGGCUGAACAACAAAACCAGUCACUCACGGAGGAGCUCAAACAAUGUAAAGAAAACCUGAAGCUGCUACAAGAAAAAGGAAACAAUCCUUCCAUAUUACAACCCGUCCCAGCCGUAUUCAUCGGCCUAAUCCUGGCUUUCCUGUAUUGGUGUUACGGCCCAUUGUGGUAGCGAAAGAACUGCUCCUGGAAAGCAGAAACAAACCCUAGUAAUUGCUCUAUGUCCCUGGAGUCCUUAACAGAGCAUCUGCAGACAUGACAGGAACACGACCUGCUCCGGGAUCCCUGCAGUUUCAGCCUUGGCAGAGAUCAGUUCAUGCCUUCCUGUUUCAGUGCUCUGUGUGUGCCCGCUGCUGUGGCACUGCAAAGAAGAUGACUUUAUUUUCCUGCUGCAAAGAGGUUGAAAUCUUAACAUCCUGAACAUAUGGAAGGAGAGUUUUCUCUGACUGUCAAAAAUCUCAUAAAAUGUAAGCUGGGGGGAGAGGGGAGGCCACGUGCAUGCUCAAUGUUCAAGAAAAACUUAUUUGUGCUCAGUGUAAUGACAAUAUUUUUCAGUUGCAACUCUCCUGUGCAUAAGUUUAAUCUCCCUGCUGUGGACAGAGUGAGAGCAAUGAGAGCUACAUCACUUUUAACAUGGCCAGUUUUCUAAGAACAAAAGAAAUCUGUGUCAAGUAUGUGAUUUGGGUCAUUUUUGCACCUUUUUUUUUGGUCUGUGAUUCUAUUUAUGCCCUGGCCACUUCUUCCACUCCCCAGCCUUGAAAGAAAGUACUUGUGGUUGAUAACUAAGAGCAAAGAGACUGGUUUCCUAGAUCUGAUCUGAGCACCAUUGCCUUUAUUUAUGUAAACAGUGACAUCAUCUUCUAUUGCAGAACGGGAACCCUGAACAGUUACAGGAGAGCAAAUUUGGGAAGUGUCCUUAUGAGACAAGUAUGAUUCAUCCUCAGAUGUGUACAUUUAAGAAAGAUGCUGUAUCCUGAGUCAGAUAAGUUCUGUGAAUCUGACUUUACUCCAGCUCAAACUGUCAUGUAUUAGCAAAAAUUAAUCACUUUUUUUUCCUUUUAAACUAUUUGAAAAGUGGUGCUUGCAGCCUGCUGGGAGUGUUCAGAGCAGCAGACUCAGCUUUUUUGUCCCCUUUCAGCUUCUCCAGAAAUCUGCUUUUGCACUCCUCCAAAAGCCUUUUGUGAGUGGUGCCUGACCCAUCCAGUGACGGUAAGGGCUGCCUUGUUCCUGGGAUUCAGUGUCAGUCAGCCAGGGCAUGGUGUUCAGGGCAUGCUGAACUGCCAGUAAAGCACCUGGUUCCCUUCUGGGGGAGUUUGCUGGUGUUAGAAAAUCCCACCACAGCCAGGGUCAGUCUCUUCUCCAUCACACAGUGUGGGGAAAUAUGCAUCCUUUCUGGCCAGAGCUGGAAAAAGCAAAACCAUAGAGCACAGUAUGGCUGAGCUGCUGCCAGGGGUGAACAUCUGCUCUACAGCUUGUCAUUCAGCUCUUAAAGACAUCCAGUGAGCAGCCAAGAGCUCUGGCCUGGCUGGGUUCCUGCAUCUGCUUUGUACCUGAAUGGGAAAUCACUCUCUCCAAAGGGAAGGGUUGCAGAUUGGCAGGCUCCACCUCUGUGCCAGCUGCACAUGAGCAGCAAUGCAUGGACCUGCCUCUGGGAGAGAGAAAACCCUGCUUUUCCUCAUCUGGAUUUUCUGUGCCAUAUUCACGGAGAAGAACUGCUCCUGUAGUGAAUCACCAUGAGGGAAGUAGACAAAAGCUCCCCAUUUCCUAGCACCUGCCCUGCUGCAGGGACAUGUGUCCGUGCCUCUUCUUGCUGUUAGGAAGUGACUACAUCUGUGCUGGUCAGGCAGGGACAGGAGGCUGAAAGUUCUUUGGGUUGGCUUGGUUUGUUUGUUUGUUUAGAAAUUAACAAGUGUUUAGCAAGCAUUAGUGAUUGUUUCCAGUGAAUUUGCUUCCAAACUUGGCCUCGUAUCAUGGGACAGGCUGGAGUUAAAAGCUGUGGGACAUUGGGAGGUGCCAUGGCCCAGUGUCCCCCAGCCUUGUCCCAAACCAGAGACCCUCUGUCCUCUCUGAAUUGUUUCCUCCGUGAAUGAAGGCAAAUGUUGCAUUACAGGGGCAGGACAUUAUUUCCCCAACCUUCCUUGUCUAGAAUCUGUUGCCACUUUUCCUUGGCGUUAAGCCUGGGCUGGCUCAGCAAACCCUUGGUUCAGAUUCCUGAUUUCUCUGCUCUGCUCGGUGCCUUUUCCCAUUGUCCCCAUCAGCCUGGGCUGGCCCUGCCAAAGGCUCUGGUGCUGCCCAGCUGCUCUGGGGAGGUCACCAGCUUGCUUUUCAUGGCUUCUGCCAGGUUUCACUUCUCUAAUGCCUGAGGUUCACACUUAAAUUUGAGGAAGAUCCCAUCUGAAGGUGUUGUGGCUUUCCAGCUCCCUGUGGGAGGGGUGACUCCCUGAUGGCACUUUGUGCUUUGUUUUGAGCUUACCAAGUGUCUUCACCCUCAUCUCAAAGCAGCAGCUUUAUAAAACCAGCUGGCAGAAGGGAGAUGGUUUGGGGCAUCUCACAAACAUGCACCAGUUCCUCACUGGGGCCAAAUUACAGCAGGGCCCCAAAGAGAUGCUCAGUGUGCCCAGGGCUCAGGGCUGCUGCCCUGGCUGACAUGCAGGGCAAGCAGCUUUCACUCCUCCUGCUUCCAGGAAGGUGAGGAGAUUUGGACCAGUUUGGGAGAAGCUGAUGCUCAUUUGGAGAAGAUUUUGGGUGCCACCUUCAUGUGAUGAUUCUCAGGCGUAUCCUUGAGAUACCAUUUAUCCAGAAGAUUUGCUGUGCCUGGUAACUUUAGGGAUGUGUGUUUCUUGCCUGGUCUUACUAUGAUCCUGGUGAACCAUCUGGAAAUUUCAUCCAGUGAUUACUCCAGGAUCUGGAAGACCUUUUGUAACUACUAAUCCCAGAAACAGAUUUUUCCUUCAUCCUGUCUGUCAACACAGCCUUUAACUUAUUUUUAUGGGCUUCAGCACAUGUUUGAAGCAUCACUGCCUUAGGAUACAAUUUAUUUUUUCCAGAGUAUCUCAGUGCUCCUUAUAUCUACUUAUAGCACUUUCUGAGGAACAGCUGUUUUGUGGGUAUUUAUUAGGAUCUUCUGUGUCCUUCAAAACUUGACACAUCUGUUUCACACCUAGAACAGGACUCAGUGUGACUUAGCAUGCCAUGAACAAGAGAUCCUAGGAAAUUGCUUUUUGGUGCCUCGUAUUUUGCUGCAAAAAAAUUGAGUCAUGUUUUCAUUGGUAAGAUGUGAUAAAUAUUUCAUUAAAAAAUAUUGAUGCAAUUAAAGCAAGGGGGGGGGGUAAAGCAAAAAGACUAAUUUAAGAUAACUGGUGCCAUGCUAGAUUCUUGGUAUUUUGCCCCCCCUUUUUUUUUUUGUGUCUUGCCCUCUGGCUCUUGUUCACCCACCAAAAUAACUCAUGGAUGAAUUUUGCUGUAUGUGUCUUAACUGCUCUGGGAGGGAGUGGGAUAUGCAGGCAGGAAUCCUGUGUGCAGGAAAUGCUGUUUAAUGGAGUGCCAUCAGUGCUGGGGAUUUGGGAAGGUCUGUGUUGUCAUCCUGCCUGGAACCAUGGCCCUGUUUCUGCUAGAACAUAAGGGCCCAGGCAGAGGGUCAGAGAAGCUCCUGGAGGAGCCUGCAGGACACAUUUGCCAUGGCUGGAGCAAGGCAGAGUGAGGAGAAGAGGAAGAGUCUGUGUGUGUGUGCACAGCCCAGUGAGGGGCUCACUGCAGGUUUGCUGUGUGCCUGGUGUAGAGCACAGACUCCUUGUGUAAAGCCACCCUCUGCAAGCCAGCAGUGAUGCAGGGGGAGCUGCCUCCUUUCCUCUCUUGGUAAGGAAGAAUUCUCAAAAAAUGUUUUUACAUUUCUUGGGAACAACAGGAAAGCUUGACCUAAUUGCUGUUCUGUAUGCCCAUGGCUUCUGAAAGGCCCAGCAGGACAUAAAACCACCAGUUACCAGUUCUGAUUUUUGCCAGAACUUCAAAGUGUUUCCUUUUAUGCAGUAAUCUUAAAACUAGUCCAAGAAAACACUCAUACCAUUACUUACAUAUUCCAGUUGUGCCACCAAUACGGAAAUGUAAAUUAUUAUAUUUCCCACAGGCAAAGCUUCCAUCAUUAGUUCAACUUGAUGGUCUUCUGCUUGCUGGUAGGGAUACAGCUCCUUUCCAUGGGCUGAGAAAUGGCUGCAGCUCAAAGCUGAGCCAACAGGGAUGAUUGAUGGGCUAAAAAAUAGGACCUUAAUAUAGUAACCCAAGUCCUAUUUAGACUUUAAAUGUUUUUUAAUAUAGUCAUAUGCUUCUCUGGAAAAGAAGCUUCUCAUGCAUCAUUUAAUAAAUGUUUUGUUGUUAGACUGUUUGAGAUUACAGUUCCCAUCUUUAUCCGUUGUGCAUCAUGCCCAAACUUCAUCAGUAGAGAUAAAAGCUUGUGAUUAAAAGCAAAAUUAGUCAGAUAGGACCCAGUCCUAUCCCCUAAGUCUUAGUCACUUCUUGGAAGCUUUGUAAGCUGUGCCAGUGUGGCCUGUGUGAUCUGGCAAUGUGUUUAUUUUGUGAGCGAGGCCAUGGCACAGGGUUCAUUCAUGUGUGCUCAACAAGCCAUGGCUGCUCUGCUCCGGAGAUUAUAACCAAAUAAUAUCAAGGAAUUUUGAAAUUGAAAGGGACAUGGGUUGUUUUUUUUUUUUUAGUCAGGUUGUACUGGGACUUUCUUGCUAAGUGCAGUUUUGUGGGCAGAGUCUGAGGUAUUUAUUUUUUCUGCUGGAGUGACCUCCCUGCAGCACUGAGCUUGCAGCCAAGGCAAGGCAGGUUUGUCCCUUGGCCACUGGGCCCAGGAGAGCCCCAGCAGAUGCACCAGGUCCUGGCCAGGAGGAAGCCCUGGAAUGCCAAACAGCCACCAGGGCCAGCAGAUCCCAUCAUGCUCACAGUGGUUUCAAUGACUGCAGGAUGUGUGGUCAGAAAUGAAGAGGUUGUUCAAGAAUCAUUUAGAUGGAGAGAAAUCCUCCUGCUUAAGGAAAUAUCCUGCUGAGUUUCUCCUGGAAAAUAAUUUGAUGUGUAAAGUUGUAUCUUUUCCAGAUUAUGAAGGAUGGGAUUUAAGAGAGAAGUGUCUAAUUCUCCAAAUUUAGAAAGCAUGUGGGCCUCAAGCUCUUUUCCCAGUUGGAAAAUCUGCUGUUAAGAAAAGGAAAUAGAUUUUUAUAAGCAAUAUUUAAUUCAAGCAUUUGGCUAAUUCUCCUGCUGCAAAGCUUUUAGGUCAAAUUCUGAUUCAUUGAUGUGGAUCUGGAAUAAAAGGGAUUAUUAGAGGAACUGGACUCUGAAGUUAGGAAAACUUGGGUUUCUUGUUCACUUUUUCCUACUCAUAAAAUAUAUUUUUACCCUAUGUUUCUAUUUUAAGUGUUGUAGGGAAACUUGCUCCUACGUGUCUGUCUUUGCUCUUUUUCUGCCCAUUGUCAUCAGCUCUGCCAUGGGUGUGUUCCAUUUUUCUGUUGCAGAAAGGGAUCCUGAUCAUUCUGGACAUGACAUUGUUGUACAAAUGCUGGGAAUUUCUACAUUUUUUUUCCAUUAGGUUAGAGAAUGGAAAAUGGGUGGUUUAUUAUUCUUAUUACUCAUUAAAAGUAUGUGUUAAAACAGUGCCCUGUUUCACAAUGUGAUGUUCUGCAGUAGCUCAGGGCCUGAGGGAAGCCAUGUCCAGCACCUUCCUUUUGUUUCUACAAGUCUGUGUAUCCACAGAAGUGUGUGUUGUGCUCAGGAUUCCUACAGGGAUCACUUCUGAAAGCUUUUCAUCUGGCAUUAAGGUCAUUCUCCCUCUGUCUGUCCUUGCCAUUUCUCUGUGGUGUGUGUGACCCUCAGCUCCCGUUGUCCACAAUCCCACUCUCUCUCAGCUUCCAAAACCUUCCCAUUUCCCAGAGUGAGUACUCUCAUUCCCAGGUCUCAGAGACAUCAAUCCAAUGUCAUUUACAGUAUCCUGUAACACCAGUUGUGAGUGUUUUUUGUUUUCUGUGUUCAUAAAGCAGCUACAAUGAGUCUGUUGGAGGAGCCAGGUCUGCAUCCCACCCUGGCUCUGGUGCUGUGGAGUUGUGAUGGAUGUACUGCUUUCAGAAAUGCAGCAAACAGCAUUGCCAAACCCAGUGGUUUAUCUGGGGCCAUCCAUGUGCUCUGGGAAAAAUAGCUCAUCCUGGGAGAAAAGAAUGAUGGGGGGUUUCCCUCAGUUUCCAGUAAUUACUUUCAGAGUAAUUAUGUUGCUCGAAAGAAAGAGCUGCUGCUUGUCUUGUGAGAAAAAGGAGAUAAGAACAAGGAGGUUAAAUGUGACAGCUCUUUGGGAUACCAGCCCUGCCAGUGCUCCAGAGAGAGGAGAGCACAGUGAUGAUGAGCAAAUUCACCUUGGGGCAAGAAUUAGUCAGGUGGGAGGUCCCCACUAGAUUGAGGGUGUCCUGGGAGGUCUCCUGGAACAGGGAGAAAAGAAGGGGCUUGGCAAAGCAGAGGACCAUGUCAUUUUUCUCUCAGUUUUCACCAUGUAAUUCAUGCUUUGCUCUGUAAAGCACUGUGAUAUAGUUUGUAUACAUUAUGUAAAAUAAGUUGUAUUCUAUUAUAUUGAAGAAAUACAAAUAUAAAUAAAAACAAAGGAUG